AUGGCCUCGGAGGGGAAGAUGACCGCCCAGUUGUUGAUGGCCGUCGGGGGUGCCGUGUUGGGGUCACUGCAGUUUGGGUACAACACUGGAGUAAUCAACGCACCGCAGAGGGUGAUAGAGGAAUUUUACAACCAAACAUGGUUGAACCGAUACGAGACCUACAUCACCUCGGGCAUGUUGACCACUCUCUGGUCUCUCUCCGUGUCCAUCUUCUCAGUCGGUGGGAUGGUCGGCUCGUUCUCCGUUGGGCUCUUUGUCAACCGCUUUGGACGGAGGAAUUCCAUGCUGAUGUCCAACUCUCUCGCUUUCCUUUCGGCCAUCCUGAUGGGCUUCUCCAAGAUGGCCGGCUCCUUUGAGAUGUUAAUCCUCGGCCGUUUCAUCGUGGGCGUUUACUCGGGCCUCACCACCGGCUUCGUGCCCAUGUACGUGGGCGAGGUCUCCCCCACGGCUCUGAGGGGGGCACUAGGAACACUCCAUCAACUUGGGGUCGUGAUUGGGAUCCUGAUUGCACAGAUUUUCGGUAUUGAUCUCAUCAUGGGGAACGAAAACCUCUGGCCCCUGCUGUUGGGGUUCACCUUCGUCCCCUCCUUGGCCCAGUGCAUCCUGCUGCCUUUUGCCCCCGAGAGCCCCCGUUUCCUUCUCAUUAACCGCAACGAGGAGAACAAAGCCAAGAGUGUUCUAAAGAAGCUCCGUGGGACGACCGACGUCAGCAGAGACCUUCAGGAGAUGAAAGAGGAGAGCCGGCAAAUGCUCCAGGAGAAGAAGGUCACCAUCUUGGAACUCUUCCGUUCUCCUAUCUACCGCCAGCCCCUCUUGAUUGCCAUCGUACUGCAGCUCUCUCAGCAACUUUCCGGGAUCAACGCGGUGUUCUACUACUCCACGGAUAUCUUUGAAAGAGCCGGAGUACAGCAGCCUGUUUAUGCCACGAUUGGGGCUGGAGUGGUCAACACAGCCUUCACGGUUGUUUCGCUGUUUGUGGUAGAACGGGCUGGCCGAAGGACACUGCAUCUCAUUGGACUCUCCGGGAUGGCCAUCUGUGCGGUUCUCAUGACUAUCGCCCUGGCACUUCUGAUUCAAGUGCCGUGGAUGUCCUAUCUUAGCAUCGUCGCCAUCCUGGGCUUCGUGGCAUUUUUUGAAAUCGGCCCGGGACCCAUUCCUUGGUUUAUUGUGGCUGAGUUGUUCAGCCAAGGCCCGCGUCCUGCUGCCAUCGCCGUUGCGGGACUGUCCAACUGGACCGCCAACUUCAUCGUAGGGAUGGGCUUUCAAUAUGUGGCGGACCUCUGUGGCGCCUACGUCUUCAUCAUCUUCACCGUCUUGCUGAUCCUCUUCUUCAUCUUCACCUACUUCAAGGUGCCUGAGACCAAGGGCCGAACCUUUGACGAGAUCGCCUCCGAGUUCCGCCAAGGAGGUGCCGCCCAUGGAGACAAAUCCGCGGAUGAGUUCCACAGCUUGGGUGCCGACUCCCAAGUCUAAAGUCUGGGACCUGGGUGGGCAUCUCCUCCGUGUCGCUCUUGUCCUGCCCAUCCUCUCCAUGCGCUUGUUACAAAGC